AUGGGGACUCUACUUGCUCAAUACCUAGAGGAGACUAGAAAGGAGAAUGCAAUUUACUACAUCAGCAAGAAGAUGUUGCCUUAUGAAGAGAAGUAUUCACCAUUAGAAAAGACAUGUGUAGAACUUGUGUGGGCAACCCAUAAACUCAGACAUUAUAUGCUUACUUACAAGGUUCUACUGAUUGCAAGAAUGGUUCCUUUGAAGUACUUAAUGGAAAAUCUUGUACAAAAUGGGAAGACUGCUAAAUGGAAAUCAAUGAAGGGGAGAGCAAUUGCUGAUCACCUAGCCCAUUGUUCACCAAAAGAAGCAAAAGAGAUCCAAGGAGACUUUGCGAAUGAAGACAUCAUGAAGAUUGAAGUAGAAUCAUGGAAGAUGUAUUUUGAUGGAGCAACAAAUCAAAAUGGAAGUGGAAUUGGAGUUCUCUUGAUUUCUCCAAAAGGGACACACAUUCCAUUUUCUGGCAAACUCAACUUCCCUGCCACCAACAAUGCCAUAGAAUAUGAAGCUUUCAUCAUGGGCCUGCAAGCAGCCAUAGGCCUUGGAGUGAAAGAGUUGGAGGUAUAUGGUGACUUAGCUUUAAUAAUCUCCCAAAUUUAG